GGCUAAGGUACCUUACAGAUAAACAGCAAUAUGUCAUGAACAAAAAUUCUUGGUUGAUUAUUUUGAAAUACUUUAAUUUAGAUAAUUAGAAAUGGCAUCUAGAACAUUAACAGAUGUGUUUCUGCUAAUGCGGAACAAUGCUAUACGAAGUAGGCAUAUUUAUCCGGACCAGGAAGACUCAGAACGGAUGCAUCUGGUGUCUUUGAAUGAUAUGGAGGAGGGUAUGAUAGACAGAAAUGACAACCGAAUGCCUCCAAUAUGGAUAGAUUAUUUGGAAAAAGCCCAAAUGAUUUUACCAAAAUUAAAAGCUAAAAUAAACGACUUAAAAGUACUACAUUCCCGGCAUUUGCACAAGCCCACUUUUGACGAAAGUUCAGAUGAUGAAAUUGCAAUUGAAAAUUGCAUACACGAAAUCACAAGGAUGUUCAAUGAAUGCCACAGGCUCGUGCAAAUCAUUAAGAGCCAUUCUUUAGAUGGCAUUCCAAAAGAACAAAGACUUACAGUAAACGUUUACCACUCAUUAGCAUCAGCUUUGCAAGAGCUAUCCACCACAUUCCGAUCAACACAGAGCAGUUACUUGAGGCAGAUCCAGUCGAGGGAAGAUCGCUCGAAAAUAUACUUCGACAAUCAGAUAGAAAUGGACGAUUUUUACAAUCAAGAGUCCCAGGAAAUCGACAGUUACUUCGUGAACUCGAAACAAAUGACCCAACAGCAACUGUUAAUGCUGGAAGAAGAAAACACGCGUUUCGCUCACGAGAGAGAGCAAGAAGUCAACGCUAUCGUCAAGUCGAUCGUGGACUUGAACGAGAUCUUUAAAGAUUUGAGCCAAAUGGUGGCGGACCAAGGAACAGUAUUAGAUCGCAUCGACUACAAUAUAGAGCAAACGCAGAUUCAAGUUUAUGAGGGCUUCAAGCAGUUACAAAAGGCCGAUGCAUAUCAACGGAAGAACAGAAAAAUGUGCGCCAUCCUCGUACUUGCCGCUACCACCAUUCUACUGAUUUUUCUUCUAAUUAUCGUCAAAUCCUAGUCAUCGUGUCUAAUUUUAAGCUUUUAAAUAAUUUAUUUUAAUUUUAAGCCAAAUAUUUAUUGUGUAUAUAUCGAAUCAAAUAAAAUUUAUUUAAGAUA